GGGAGCGCGCAACAGUCAUGCCUCAUCCGUCGCUCGCUUCGGCAGAGACGGUAAAUACAAGAAGACUCUCGUCUUUUGCUUAAAAUUACCCAGUAUUUUGCGACUGAUGCUUCCGAGCGACCGCCCACCUCGUGGUGAGGAAGGUGGAAAUUCUAAGCCACCUCGUCCAUUAUUUGUCAUUUUGUUCCCGCGUCAAUGAGACAAAGAGGGCAACAAGACUCCAGAGGAGUACAGCUGUGGUGAUAUGGUGCAUCAGGGCUCAUUCUUCAUUUUGCAGGUCAUUCCUUUAAGUUGAUGCUGUCACUGUCUUGGUUUGGGGACGUAAAUGCUGGGAAGCCACCCCGAACUGAUGUUUGCAUUCCCCGGAACAGUGAUCCGGUAGGAGCACAAACGAAAGCUUGUAAGGGAACUGGCCGGGCUCUUCCAUUCUCCCCAUCUAACAACCCACUGUGUUGCACCACUGCCGUGUCUUCUCCCCGCUGUGCCCAAUCCAUGGAGAAAGCACACCCACCCAGAUAGGAUGCCUGCCUCACCUGACACCCUGCAUUCCCUCCUGCCCAUCACCACCUCCUCCUUCUCCUCACGUGUACCUGCUCUUGCCAACAGUUCCUUGUGGCCCCCCAGGCUCCGCUCUGCCCCGCUCCAACAUGGUGGAUGAGGUAACCACCAUGAAGGAUGACAUCAUCAAUGCCAACACGCUGGCUUGGCUGGUCUGCUCGGGCGUGUCCAUCCUGGCCAACACUUGGAGCAUCCUUAGCGUUAGUGCCAAGCAGAAAAAGUGGAAGCCUCUGGAGUUCCUCAUCUGCACGUUGGCGGGCACGCACAUUCUCAACAUGGCCAUCCCCAUUACAAUGUACUGUGUCAUAACACUGCGCCGUCAGCACUCCAAUUAUGAGUGGAACGAGGGUCUGUGCAAGGUGUUUGUCUCCACUUUCUACACUCUCACAUUAGUCACCUGCUUCUCCGUCACUUCGCUCUCUUAUCACCGCAUGUGGAUGGUACGCUGGCCUGUUAACUACAGAUUGAGUAACACCAAGAAGCAGGCGGUGCACACAGUGAUGGGCAUCUGGAUGGUCUCCUUCAUUCUGUCCACACUUCCUGCAGUGGGCUGGCAUGACACGAUCGACCGUUUCUACACCUCUGACUGCAGAUUCAUUGUGACGGAGAUUGGCCUUGGCUUCGGUGUGUGCUUUCUGCUGCUGAUUGGUGGCAGCGUGGCCAUGGGUGUGAUCUGCAUCGGCAUUGCUCUUUUCCAGACUUUCUCCAUUCAGGCAGGCCACAAUGCAGACAAGAACAAGUUCAACGUCCCCACCAUUGUGGUGGAGGAUGCCCAGGGGAAACGCAGAUCAUCUAUCGAUGGAUCAGAGCCUCUUAAGACAUCAUUGCAGAUCACCUACCUGAUUAGUGGUAUCGUCUUCAUCUAUGACUUCCUGACUGGCUUUCCCAUACUGGUGGUGAGCUUUGCCAGUCUGAAGUUUGACCGCUCCUACAACUGGAUGGUGUUGUGUGUGCUGUGGUGCUCGAUCGCCCAGUCUAUCCUGCUGCCCAUGUUCCUCUGGGCUUGUGACCGCUAUCGGGCCGACAUUCGCAUGGUGUGGGAGAAGUGCGUAGCCAUCAUGUCCAACGAUGAAGUGGAUGAAGAAAACAGCCAAGAUGGAGGAAUUCAUGCCGACUUAAUAUAUGACAGACCAUAUGACUAUAGCUCGGCGCCUGAAAUCGUGACGGUAGACCAUAAUGCCAAGUAUGAGUUCUCAACCUUAGAAAGGGGGGUUCUGCAAGGGUAUCCAUUGAGGGAACAACAGGAAGAUAAAAUGCAGUAUUUGCAGGUGCCCCCUAUAAGAAGAUACUCCCACGACGAAACCGACAUGUGGACCAGCGCCCAGAUCCCCACAUACCUUCACCGAUGGGGCUCCACCGAGGACAUGAUCAUGAGUGCCCACUACAGCUCCACCUUGCUGCGCCACGAGAGGCGCAGGAACAAUCUGGUCUUCUACCACGAGGAGAGCCACCAUCACCAUCACCCACAUCACAAGUGGCGAUGCUCCGAGGAUAGUAUGCACUCCCUCAAGCACCUGCCACGCGUGGUUUGUGGUGGAGAGUGCUAUGAGCCAUGUUUCAGCCGUGACGAGGUGAUCAACUUUAUAGAUGAGACGCCGCUGCCGAGCCCCAGGAACAGCCCGCGGCGCACAUCCUCCAUCUCACUUAUCCCCAGUGUGUAUGAACAGCACACAGUCAUUCUUCCUCACUUCCCACUGACAGACUUUGAGCGUGAACCUCAAGCACUUAGGCGACACUUGGAACAUAAAAGGAGUGGUAGUCGGGGGACCUCGCCUGAGGGUUCCCCCAACACAGACAGACCUAAUGGAAGGAAGAGCCCCGGGGCUUGUGGCUCUGGUAAAGACUGCUGGGAGCGCCUGCAAGAAAGGAAACAGCAGGUUGAAGUGGGCUCACCUAGGGACAGCCAGCGGACUCCAGGGCACUCUGCCUCUAGGCCCAGGACAGGCGGUGGAGGCAAGACUGGUGCUGGAGUAGACUUUGGCCAUCAGAAGCACUUGAGCAAAGCUGAGACUAAAGGAAGCACAAACAGUUUUGUAAGCACCCCCUCAGCAUCUUCCUCGGGAUACAUCACCUUCCACUCUGGUUCUUUAGGCUCCACUACCUAAAAGUAAAGUUUUCCCUUGUUAGAAUCAACUUUAUUACUGAAGUUAUAAAGAAAACCAUUGGAAUUUGGGUGGUUAUGAGAAAGAGAUACUGGAUUAUCUGGCUGUUUUAACUGUGCCACAUGUUUUACUAUAUAUACUACCAAUAGAUAUCUGUUUUGCUAAAUGGCCUUGGGAGCUUUAGACACAAUUUGUGAAGGGGCCUAAAGCUCAUUUAGUGUGUAGGCUGCUGAAAAUGUUGGGUGGUGCUGUUAUUUAGCUUUGACAUCUGAAAAUAUCCACAGAGGAUGCUUUUUUCCUCCUGGUCCUCUUCUUUUCAGACACAAAUGAACUGUUUUUAAACAGUCUGAACAUUCUCACAUGUUGUGUUUGGUGUUUGAUGUUGUUUCUUAUGAAAUGCUCAGAGAAUGAGAGGAUGUAAAUAGUUACAUCCUCCAAUUCUUUGAGUAUGUGGGUGGUGUUUUUCUUUAUUAUUUUUUUCACGUAAGAAAUUUAAAUCAGUUUGUAUUUUAUUAGGCCUGUAAUGGCU